AUGUUUCAGAAGUUCAAAAGUGCCCUACAGGAACCUUGGGAAAUCUGGAUUGAGAGUAUCAUGCCUCGGUCUGGGCACAUGGGUGACAUUUGGAGGACAGAUUUCAGAUGAAGUGGCAGAGCAGCUGAUGACUAUAGCAUAUGAGAGUGGGGUUAACCUUUUUGACACCGCAGAGGUGUAUGCUGCUGGAAAAGCUGAAGUCAUAAUGGGAAACAUCAUCAAAAAGAAGGGCUGGAGGCGAUCCAGUCUGGUUAUUACCACAAAGCUUUACUGGGGUGGAAAAGCCGAGACCGAACGAGGCCUUUCUAGGAAACACAUUAUUGAAGGUCUUAAGGGCUCCUUGCAGAGGAUGCAGCUGGAAUAUGUAGAUGUGGUCUUCGCCAACCGGCCUGAUAGUAACACACCGAUGGAGGAAAUUGUCAGAGCCAUGACCUACGUGAUAAACCAAGGCAUGUCCAUGUACUGGGGGACCUCACGAUGGACAGCUAUGGAAAUAAUGGAAGCAUAUUCUGUAGCAAGGCAGUUUAACCUGAUUCCUCCAGUGUGUGAGCAGGCUGAGUAUCAUCUCUUCCAGAGGGAGAAGGUCGAGGUGCAGCUGCCUGAGCUCUACCAUAAGAUAGGUGUGGGCGCCAUGACAUGGUCACCUUUGGCAUGUGGGAUCAUCACUGGAAAGUAUGAAAAUGGUAUCCCAGAAUCCUCCAGGGCAGCUAUGAAGUCAUACCAGUGGCUGAAAGACAAGAUAGUCAGUGAGGAUGGACGAAAGCAGCAGGCAAAGCUGAAAGAACUCAGUCAUAUUGCUGAGAAGCUGGGCUGCACUUUGCCUCAGCUCGCUGUUGCCUGGUGUCUGCGGAAUGAGGGAGUGAGCUCUGUACUAUUAGGAACUUCAAAUGCAGAGCAGCUAACUGAAAACCUGGGAGCCAUACAGUUUCUUCCAAAGAUGACAUCCCACGUGGUCUCAGACAUUGAUCAUAUACUUGGGAACAGGCCAUACAGUAAGAAGGACUAUCGGUCCUAGAGGCUCUGGACACAGGCUCAGGGUGAAGAAAGAUAUGUAUGUAGCAGUGUUCAUGCCA